AUGAAUAAACAAAGCUGUCUGAAAGAACAUUACUUUGAAAAAUUCUUAUAUGGAAGUGGAAACGAUCAUAUUUCCAUGCCUAUCUCUUCACAUCAAGAACCACAAAUUAAUAGCCAUGAAUUUACAAAUUAUCGCAAGGCACUUUCUUUACUAAUUAAUGAAAAUCCAGAUUUUUCGUCUCUUAAUAAAACUCAAUUGAUGGAAAAUGUACCCGAAAAUUAUGAUUGGAUUGGAAAUGGAAGCAACGAAAUUGACAGUGGUAUUGAUCCUUCAAUUAUUGAUUCUAUUAUCGAGAAAGAAGUUAAUAAAAGACUUCAGCAAUCACAAUCAUUUGAUGAUGAUGAAUAUGAUAUCACAGAACAGCCAGAUUUAAGUCUUUUAUUUAAUUAUGCUAAAGAAACAGCUGCGAGUCUUUCGGCACCAAUAAAUGCAAACAAAAGAGCUGAAAUACUACAACAAUUAAUUAAGUCGAAGCCAGAUCAAUCUUCAGGUUGCCUUACAACAAGUUACAAUAAGUAUAAUCAUAAUGGAAAUGGAUUCGAAGAAUUUUCUGAAGGUUUAGUUACGUCAGGAAAGCGAGGAUUUAAUGAUUCAAGCGUUGAUAACCAAACGUUUUCCAAUUAUAAUAAUAACAAUUGCGAAGACGAUGAAGAUUUUCAACAAAGUUCAUUUAUCAGACAACGUUCUGCUAAUAAAAAUUAUCUACCAGGAACAUUCAAAAAGAAAUUGCCGUCAAAUCAAGAUCAUAAGUUACCUAAAUUCGUGUCUCCGUUGUUAGGAACGAAAAUGUAUAACGGAAAUAAAAAUUCUACCAAGCGAAAUAAACUCAAUCCUAAUAUUGAAAGUGACGAAGAAAGACUAAAAAAUAUUGAUCCAAAAAUGAUUGAAAUGAUACAAAAUGAGAUCAUGGAUCGGUCUCCAAAUAUUACUUGGAAUGAUAUCGCUGGAUUAGAACACGCGAAAAAAACGAUUCAAGAGGCUGUAACAUGGCCAUUGUUGAGACCUGACAUUUUUACAGGAUUAAGGAGUCCACCUAAAGGGUUAUUAUUGUUUGGUCCUCCAGGGACGGGGAAGACUUUAAUUGGAAAGUGCAUUGCUAGGUACUAUAUUUUCUAUCAGAAAGCUUGCGUUAAUAGAAAUCUUUGGGUAGAAAUUGGAAUCGAUCCAAACUCUUGUAGUAAUAAAUUCCAUUCCAAUGUUAAGAUUUAUCAUAUUGCCUUGAAUAAUAUUUUCAAAGUUGAAAUCUCUAAUGAUCAUUUUCAUUGUAGCUCCUCAUCGUUGACUUCAAAAUGGGUUGGAGAUGGUGAAAAAAUGGUUCGAGCUUUGUUCGCGGUUGCAAGAGUAAAUCAACCUGCUGUAGUUUUCGUGGAUGAAAUUGAUUCGUUACUAACACAAAGGACUGAUGGAGAAUAUGAGUCAUCAAGACGGAUCAAGACCGAAUUUCUUGUUCAAUUUGACGGUGUUAAAACUGCGAGCUUAGAGGAGGAUCGAAUUCUUGUUGUUGGUGCAACAAAUAGACCACAAGAAAUUGAUGAAGCAGCGCGACGUCGAUUUCGUAAGAAACUUUAUAUUCCUCUACCAGAGAAUGAGGGAAGAUUUACAAUUGUGAAGAAUUUGUUAUCAAAACAAAAGCAUCUUUUAACAGAUGAGCAAAUCCGUGAUAUCUGUGGGAAAACAGCGGGAUAUUCCGGAUCCGAUAUGGACGGACUUUGUCGAGAGGCUGCAUUGGGGCCUAUACGCAUUAUAGGUGAUAUUAGGACGAUUUCAGCUGACGAAGUUCGUCCGAUAAAUUAUCAAGAUUUUCUAGAUGCAAUAACUCAAGUACGAGCAAGUGUUAGUGAUCGUGACCUGGAAUUAUAUCAAAGAUGGAAUCAAGAAUAUGGCAGCUUAUCAUAA